CUCCUGACGUCAUCACGCCGCGACAACUUCCGCGACGAUAAAGACAACUUCGGCAGCUAGUUUUUAAAACGACGGACGGGAUUAAAUAUCUGGAAUGAAUUGAUUUUUUAGCUUCUAGUCAGUUUAAAUAACGUUUUAGUAUUUAUUUUGGACGCGAAAUUGAGAUAUGUUGUUAAAUAUUUCAGUAGAAUCACAGCUGUCAGUCAGAGGUGAUGAUUAGCCUGGUUAGCUAACAGGCUAUUUGACAGGUUUUUCGAUGUUGUGCUGUUUUUGGUGCUUUGUUAAGAUGGAGAUGGAGAACCUGAAGUUUUUUUUGUGUUCUGAAAUAGUAAUAACCUGAUUUUAAAAAGCCCUGAGAAUUGAAAUAGAGGUUUUACAAUGGACGACAACGACUCUGAAGUGGAAGGGAUUAUGACGGGGCGGCCGCCCAGCAGCUACGGCUCCAUGUGUAGUGAGGAUUCAGAGGACGAUAACGAUGAUGAUCACGAUGAGGUUCCAGGUGCUGCUUCUCAGACCAUCAUUAAAGUCACUUUACCUACAAGGGUCAGGCUUUAUCGGCCAGACUCACCAGAAACAGGCGUCACCUCGAUCACACAAGACAGACGAACCAGUGUUCAUAAUGAGGGGGUCUUCGUUACUGUAAGAAGGAAGCAGGAUCCAGAAGAAGUGUUGAUGGAUGUGGAGGAUUCCGAGAGCUCCGUGCAGGUGACCGGAACCCAAACCCGGGAGAGGAGGAACGUCCAGGUGGAGCCGAGUUCUCCUGAACCCUCGAUCUCGCCCAUGCCGACGGUGGACGCAGCAGACGAACUCGCCCUGGCCCACGUGUUCACUGGCAUGCUGCACUCUCUGAGAACUCUAAACGCCGUGGAGCUGCUGUGUUUCGUUCGCACGCUGAACUCGCAGGGUAAAGGCCAGCUGGAGUUCCGCCAGCUGGAGCAGGAGGGUGAGAUCGACGUCCUGGGCGUGGUGGACCGCAUGGUGGAGAAAUGGGACAAGGGAGAAGCGCUGCACAUCACCGUGCGCACGCUGUACGACAUCAACAAGCACGCCGUGGCACGCACUUUGGAGACCGUGUGCAGGAGAGCUUUGGUGCAGUUUGAACUGCGAGCCAAUCACAGGCGGCGUUACUACAGUCUUUACGAGGGGACCUGUCGCCCGGGGCAACAGCGCUACAUCAGGCAUGUGUACGUCCAGUCACCCGUUGUGCUCAAAACCCAGAAUGGCGAAGGGGCGCCGAUCGGCACCGACGAGCUCUUCUGCCCAGGUGAGGGCGAGGGGCGUGUCCGGGUCGUUGUGACGACGGGCGUCCCGGCCAUCGGCCUUACUGUGACUAUGCAGAUGUUUAUCAUGGACUGGGCUGAGGAGCAGGCAUAUCAACGCUUUCAGUUUGUGUUUGCCCUCCCGGGUCGCGACCUGCACCUGGUCCGAAACUCCGCCCAGACCUUCCUGGAGUUUCUUGCCUCGUUUUAUCCCGAAGCGAAGCACGCGGAAUUCCUGAGCUCCGAAAACUGCUCCGUGCUUUUCGUCAUCGACGCGCUCGAGCUCUGCAGGCAGCCCCUCGAUUUCCACAACAAUCAGAGCGUCACAGAGAUCACGGUCUCGGCCCCUGCGGACGCUCUCCUCACAAGUUUAAUCCAAGGGCACUUGUUGCCUCACGCGUGCAUUUGGAUCACAUCCCAUCGCUCGACCGCACAGAAAAUCCCAGCAGCUUGCGUUAGCAGGUUCACGGAGAUAAAAGGAUUUGGCGACGAGCAAAAGGACGAGUAUUUCACCAAACGCACGAAAGACCCGACGCUCGGCAGGCGCGUCCUAGAGCGAGUCAAAGAGUCUCCGGUUCUCUAUGACGCCUGCUAUCUUCCGCUCUUCUCCUGGAUCAUGUCCUUCGUGUACGAGCGGCGUUUGCAGAGCCGAGGUUUUCUCGAGCAGACGCCGGCGCUCACUACUUUCUACAUGCAGUACAUUAUCGUGCUGACGAACCGCAAGAUCGAGCGCUACGUCGGCACGGGACUCGACGCGUCGCGGUGGAAAGACCCGGAUAGAGACUACCUGAUGAAAACGGGCGAGCUGGCGCUAAAGAUGCUGCAGGACGGAACGAACGUCUUCUAUGAAGACAGCGUUUUGCGUCUGGCAUUGGACGUCCACGAGGUCACUCAUCGCGGUGGGAUCUCUUACGAAACGGACGAACCUGCGAGAGACAAAGGGCGGAGUUUCAGGUUCGUCCAUCACAGCAUACAGAAAUUUAUGGCCGCCUUGUACGUGUACGUCAACUUUCGGACGACGGGGGAGAACGUCCUGGAGCGGCAAAGGGGCCGAGCGAAGGCGGAGCGACCCGUCAGCGAGCUUUUUAAACCCGCCAUCGACCGCACGCUCGGCCGCGCCGACGGACACAUGGACCUUUUCCUGCACUUCCUGUUGGGACUGGCAAGUCGCGGGACAGAGAUGCACUUGCGAGGUCACCUUCUGCCUCAGUAUCACCCCGAGCCGAAGGGGGUUGAGGAAACGCUUAAGCAUGCGAGGAAGAGGAUAGCGGAGAACACUGUUCCUGAGCGGUGCAGGAAUUUGGAACUCUGCCUUGCAGAGCUGGAGGAGGGCCAGAAAGUCCGGUGACGGAACCGCAACCGAAAACUAAUCUAGGAGACUCGUUUGCUGCUUGUGGUCAUCAACGAAUAAGGAGAUGUUUUCACUCUACCUUCAAUACUUCAUCUGAUGGAGCGAUGUUGGAUGUAAUGAGGCAUUGAUAGAGUAAUAUAUUAACAGACUAUGUUUGAUAAUGACUGUGGGUGUGUGGUUGUGGGUGUGUGGUUGUGGGUGUGUGGGACAUGUUUACAGCAAAGGCUUUUUUUUAUUUGUACACAAACACAGCCUGGUUUUAACUGUGCUCAUUAUUUUAUGUUUUAUUUAUUUAGUGCAAGAUCAGAAGUGUUUUAGUGCCACGUAAAAAAAAAAAAACAAAUUAUGGAAAAUAGAGUCGUAGCACUACAAGAAUAAAGUCGUACCUUGAACACGUGUGACAAAUGCGCUAAUUGGACUAUACAGAAAAGAUUCAUUUACAUAUUUGACCAAUAGCGCCCUCUACAGUCACAAAGUACGGCGGUCACAGUGCCGCUGCUAUGACUUUAUUCUCGUAAUCUUAUCUCUUCUGAGGAUGAGAAUUCUGUUUUUGUCCUUUUGUGAUUUCUCCUUUUUUAAUUUUUUUUAUUUUCUGCUCGUGUUCCGGUUCGACUUUACGAAUCCAAGGUUGAAAUUUCUUCGAAUGCGACGAGCGAUAUUUUCGCCCGAGCGUCGCCAUGACAACGAGACCAAGGCACGCUUCACUACAUCAUUCAUUCGGAAAUCACUGAUCAGAUAGAGGUCUCCUCGUUACUGACCUUUGCACCUCCCUGCUCAAAUAAAAAUGUAGCUCUAAAGUGGACAAAUAUCUUAAAGGGACACUAAAGAGAGAGAUUUUUGGAUCCUUCAGACACAAUAGUGUGUACAUUUGCCAGCUCAAAGGAGUGUUAAUGUAGAUGUUUGUGUGUUGGAAUCAUAUGGUGCAUGUGAGUGAAUUUAUUUUUGUUGUGUAUCACUGCAGUUGAACAGAUUAAUCAUUUAAAGCCUGCAUACAGGCAGUGAAUUGUCACAAAGACCAGAAUGCAAUCAACGCAUUUGAAAACCGAAAAAAUAAAAUAUAUACAAUAGAGA